AUGGAUGCGGCUUUGCCGGUCAUGCUACCGACAGACUCGGUCAGGAUUGGGUGGUCCAUCUGGACGCUGCUGUUGAUGCUGUACACUGCCGUCGCUGUGCCGCUGAUGAUCGCCUUUCACUCCUUCCGACGAGUGAUUUUCGCGCAUGUCAUGGGUAUCAUAACAUUCGCAUCUUUUAGGACUGCGUACAUGACGGAGCGAGGUGAGGUGGUGCGGACGCCACGGUUGAUUGCCGUGCAAUACACCACCCGCGGUAUGUUUUUUGCGGACUUCCUGUCGGCACUCCCGGUUGAAGUGGUGCUAGGAUUCACCCAUACCGGGAGCGCCACGACGAACCUCUACUGGCUAAGCAUCCUGAAACUGCCUCGCCUGUUCCUGCUCAUGCGGCACCUCACCAUUUUGACACCCGUGAGAUACGAGAACCUUGCUAGCGUGGCACGGCUGGUGCUCAUCAUGCUGCUGGUGACGCACUGGGCGGCCUGCCUCUGGUACUACCUUUACAUUCAGGUUCCAGGGCGGCCGUGGAUGUUCAACGUCCACUGUAUAUCGUGGACUGAAUGGGAAAGGUACCAACAUGCGUUUUACAAGUCCUUCCUGAUGAUCCUCGGUGACCGCCCCGACACAUAUAACAACGUUGAGCGCAUCUUUUCCAUCGCGCUGCUCUCCAUGGGUGCUUGCAUAUACGCCGUUGUCGUGAGCAGUAUGACGCUUCUGGUGGGUAAUAUGUGGGGCAUGGCCUCGCGCCACAAGCAGAGGGCCAUAAUGCUACAAGACGCGCUGAGGUACACUGGAGCACGCGCCAACGAUUCAGUCCGCGCCAAAGUCCAGGCGUACUUCUCGCACAUGGUACAGCAUGAUCACCCCGGCCCCGAAGGUGUUAAUUUCCUGUCUGAGCUGCCCGCCGCCUUGCAUGCCGAGGUGCUCUCGUCAGUGUUUGAGCCAUUGCUGACACGGGUCCAGUUGUUUACCGUUUGCGAACAGCCCUUCAUCUGGAGGCUCGCACGGCAGCUGCGCCUCAUUUUGUUUAUGCCACGUGCCGUCAUUUACGAAGAGGGUAGUGUAGGGCACGAGAUGUUCGUCAUCUGGCGCGGUGCCGUGGCGCUUGUGGGUCCGUCAGACGGCUGCAUGACCGCGCUGCUGACCGACGGUGACCACUUCGGGGAGCUGGGGGUCAUGACCUCCAACCUGCCGCGGCCGCACAUGGCCGUUGCGCUUCGCCCGACGGACGUCAUGGUCCUCAGUAAGAGCGACUUGCACCAGCAGCAGCAGCAGCGGGAUCAGAUUCGCCUUGCGUGCCUUAUCACAAGCCUUUCCACUCAGCCGAAGCAUGCUCGUCAUAUUAUGGCAGGUGCCGCAUCCUGUGGCGGGCCCUUGUGCGAGUCCACUGAGCCGGGCCUUACACAACCGAGCACCUCCUCCGAGGGGUCUAUUGGAGGGCGGAGACGCAGCUGGAGAUGGAGUGACUCUUCAGUGGACUCCCUCUUCUCGGCAAUGUUCGCCAACAGGCAUGGGAGCUGUGGUGCCGAGCCGCAGCCAGCAGCAUCGGAUGAUCGAAUGUCUGCCGUACGGCCUUCCGUACCAUACGUGAUGCCGUACAAACGACAACCGUCAGCUAGCACUCAUUAUCUUAGUCCAGUUGAGCCACCCGCACUUUCACGCGCAGCAGUGGGGCCUGUAGCAUCGGCGGCUACUGUUACAUCAGCGGCGGUGACACCGUUAUCAAACAGCAAGAACAGCCAGCGCAGGAGCGCAACUGGAUUCGGUAACAAACAACGACGGAGUGCUACGGGAUUCGAACGGAGCGCUACGGGAUUGUCUACUAAAAGCCAACAAAAAAGCACUGGCGGGUUUGCCGGGAACAGAACUGGAGACCUUUCGGUGCACUCCAGCCGUCCACUGAUCUCCUCACCCUUACCCAACAGUGUCGCCUCUGCGGUCGCCGCUAUUAGCAAAAAAUUACACUCUCCUCAACUAAACCCACAUUCCCACUCAAAUUCCCGCUCACCUUUAGCGCUGCCGUACCAUAGCCGCCUUCGACGCGGCCUCCAAGAGGCGCUCUCAGCGAUGGACUGUGAUGACGACGUCAGCGGCAACGGCGGCAGCGGCGGCGCGAUCGGGCGUUUUAUUACCAGCGCACAGGAGGGCCCCUUAGACCCCAAUGCCGACAGAGCGCCGGCUCUGGACGGUCGCCGCGUCGCCGGCGGCCGCCGCUCCUCCACCUGCUCAUUAACCUCGGGGGGAGAUGCCUUUGCGCCUCAUCCGCUGCUGGUGCUGGCCCCGCAGCCUUUUAUCGGCCUGGACCCUGCGCUAGUUGAGAGAGAUGAUUCAGCGAAAAUGGCGCCAUUGAAUAGGACCGGGUCGCGCCACCGAGCUCGGGUCCCUCUGGAAGCAUCGGCGACGGACGAAGAGGAGGACGCAGAAGAAGCAUGCGUUCCCGCGGCCGCACGUAAGAACCACUCCUGGAGCCCAACCGUCGCUAACCGCCGAGGGGGACUUCCAGCCUGUAGGAACUCUGCCUCUCAUAUUGGGGCCAUCUCCAGCUGCGGCAGAGUGCCUUCAGACACCGGCUUCUUCUCCCGCGAGCGAGUCAUUCAGCAGCAGGGCUGGGUGGAGGACAGAACGGGGAAUUUCGGCAGCAGCAGCGGAGGCGGAGGCGGCGGCAGCGGCGGCGGCGGUGACAUACGGGUGGCGGUGCUAGAGCAGCAGCUGGCGGCGGUACGGCAGCAGCUUGAGGAGUCCCAGGCGCAUUCGGCGAUGAUCAUGGAGAACCCGCUCAUGUUUCCUGCUAUCCGAGCUGCCAUGCAAAAAGAAAUCGACAGCAUGGUGGCCCAGCUGCGCUCCCAAACGGAUGCCACCUUGCAGCGGGUGCUUGACAUGCUCAAGGGGCUCGCAAACCGUACAGAGGAGGUCUGUCAGCAAGCCGUGGUGCUAGAGGACCGGGUGCGUUGGCUCGAGGGAGAGUGGGACGGUCUCCAGCCGCCGCACGACACGGUAGCGGCCACCGUGGGAAUGAGCAUCGGCAUGGACAGGGUGAGCAUGAGCGGACGCAGCGGCACCCUCCUCCUGGGCAGCGUCCCUGCGGGCCGGGAAGGCCGCAGCUCGGAUGGUCGGUCUGGGACAAUCGGCAACGCCGCGUCGUCGUCCCUAGCCCCGGCGGGUAAAACACAGGGCGUGCCAUCCGGCCAGCAGCAGCUAGGUCUGUUGCUGCCGCUUUCCAUGCUGACGGCAUCAACGGAAAGCAUCAGUGGUCGCUCGGUCUAUGCAGACGGCAGCAGCGCCUCCAAACGCUCCCUCAUUGCAUCUCACAACCAGCUGUCGAACCGCCAGCGCCACGCCGCCUCCGUGGCGGCGUACGACUUCCAGAUGCCCGAUGAGUCCCGGGGCGAGCCCCCGGACCUGCUGCUGCCGCCGCCGCCGCUGCGCACCGGAGAGUCUGCUGCGUCCGCGGCGGCGCUGGGUGCUGCGGCCGCGCCGCCUCCGCAACCUCCACAACCUCCUCCGCAACCUCCACUCCUAGGCGGCUGCAAGCUUCGGCUGCAGCACGUGCCAGGGCUAGCCGGCCGUAUCGAGGAUAGCCUGUGGCUGGCCAGCCAAGGAGGACGAUCAAACGGUUGUAGAGCUUGA